UAGGCGAGUGAGAGGCGCACGUCGAGGAUGCCACUUUUUCAAUUUUCGGGGCCGUUUCUUCGCCAUUUUUUUUUCCUCUCUCUUUCUCCUUCCUCUCGCUCGCUUCCCUUCCCUGCUCCCUUCCUCCUCCAGCCCCCUUUAUUCCUCCAUCCGCUCGCGCCAAUCUCUUCAGGGGGCGGGCAGGGAUCGGUGCCCGCCGGCCGCCCGUCAUGAUCUCCUGGCGGCGCAGCGCGUCAUGGCUGUCGUCGGCGUCCCGCUCCUCGCUUGGCGCUGCCGUCGGCGGGGAGGCGAAGGUCACGCCGGAGGUGGAUCCGGCGGCAGCCCAGGAGAUGGAGGAGGACGAGGAGGCCGACGAGGAGCGGUGGUCGCGCCUGCUGCCGGAGCUGCUCACGGAGAUCAUGCGGCGCGUGGACGCCGGCGCCGAGCGCUGGCCGCCGCGCCGCGACGUGGUGGUCUGCGCCUGCGUGUGCCGGCGGUGGCGCGACGCCGCGGUCUCGGUCGUGCGCCCGCCGCUCGAGUGCGGGAGGAUCACCUUCCCGUCCUCGCUCAAGCAGCCUGGACCAAGGGAUGCACCGAUGCACUGUUUUAUCCGGAGGGACAAAAAGAACUCGACCUUUUCUCUCUAUCUCAGCUUAACACAGGCUCUAACGGAUAAAGGGAAGUUUCUUUUGGCUGCUCGAAGGUUCAGACAAGGAGCACAUACAGAAUAUAUCAUCUCUUACGACUAUGAUGAUCUGCACCCAAGAAGCAGUUCAUAUGUUGGAAAGUUGAGAUCUGACUUCUUGGGGACAAAGUUUAUCAUCUAUGAUAGCCAGGCACCAUAUGAUGGUGCUAAACCUUCGCGGAGCCGAUCCACUCGGCGCUUUGCAAGCAAGCAGAUAAGCCCACAGGUUUCAGGUGGCAAUUUUGAAGUUGGACAAGUGACCUAUAAGUUCAACUUCAUGAAAUCAAGAGGGCCAAGGCGAAUGCAGUGCAAUAUCCAGUGCCCUGUAAGUCAGGGCACUAUGUCAGAUCCAUCCAAGGAGAAAACACCCUCGUCAAGUUCCUUAGAUCUAAAGAACAAAGCUCCAAGAUGGCACGACCAUCUUCAGUGUUGGUGCUUAAAUUUCCAUGGCCGGGUGACUGUCGCCUCCGUGAAGAACUUCCAGCUUGUGGCCACAGCCGGCUCUGGUGGUCCAUGGGGCGUUGGAGACGAGGAAACGGUGAUCCUGCAGUUUGGGAAGAUCGAGGAUGAUGCGUUUACAAUGGACUACCGGCAGCCUCUGUCUGCUUUCCAGGCGUUCGCCAUCUGCCUCACCAGCUUUGGCACGAAGCUGGCUUGUGAAUAAGUGAUUGCCUUGUUUACCAAUUAUAUGUUGGGGAUCAAAUUGUAGGGGAUAGUCUGAACUAGUUGCCCUGAGCCCCUGAGAUGGGAGAAAACUGGCGACAAGAAACGGGCAGACGUUGCCCCUAGCUUGGCUUCUUGUGAUCGCCUAAACGAUUGAUUUAUAUGAUGUGCGUCUAUGUGAUUUAUAUGAUGUGCGUCUAUGUUGUUGAAGAGAUGACGAUGACUUAUUGUUGUAAAUGACACUCCCUUUCGUUUGGUGACAUUCACUCAUAAUGCCUUAUUCCGC